AUGCCUGGUGAUCAAAGAGGAUUAGACGAAGAUGAACGAGGCCUCGAUGCUUCACCACGAGAUCUUCCUCCGGUACCGCUCCAAAAUCACCCAUCUCGAUUUGGAGCUCAAGGAGCAGGUUCGGAAGAAGGACAUGCCGAGCUGGACAGGGCUCAAAAGGAAGCUUCUACCUUGAAGCGGGAACAUGAUGAUCUGGUCGAAAAAGUAAAGGUCUUUGAAGUUAGAAAUGAGGAGCUAGUCAUGGUGGCUAACAACACAACCUCGCAGGUCCAACAAAAGAUUGACCUGAUCGACCAACUCCGAGCCGAGAUGAACGAGGUCCAAGCCAUGGCUGACGGGUGGAAAAGCAAAAUGGACGUGAUGGAUUCGGAGAAGGAAACCGCCAAAGCGAAGCUGGCAUCAGUAGAGGUCCAACUCCAGAUGGCAAAGGAGAAAGCUGACAAGUGGUCUCAACCAAAUGACAAUCUCCGAGCACAGCUGAGCUCGGCUGUCACAGAUCGGGACGCCCUCAGUAGAGAAUACGAGGCAGUGGAGUCCAAAUUGGAUACGACCUCCGUCGAUGCUGAAGAAAUGGUGGCCCAAUACAAGGCCGAUGUGGAGGCAGCUGAGAGAGACUUCGAAGAGAUUCACGUCCGAUGUUUUGACCUGUUGGCUGAGAUCGAGGAAGGCAAAAAUUCUGAGGACAAGGCAAAGAAGCUUUACGAGCCCGAAAGUGCCGAAGGUGCCGAAGGCUCUGAGGGUUCUGAGGGUUCCAAGGGCUUCGGAGACUCUGACGGCUUUGAGUCGGCCCCGGGUGAAGACUAG